GAAAUAAUACAGUCACAUGACUCGAUCCUUUCUUUCGACUGGUUAAAAUCCAUUCUGUGCUUUUAUUUGCGGAAGUAUAUCUCAGAUUCUCAGACUCAGAAUUCAAGCAGACAUCCAGCUUUUGUCACCCAAACUACAGAAUGACUCAUUGGUUCCACCGAAACCCACUUAAAGCAACUGCACCUGUCUCCUUCAACUUGUAUGGAGUAGCUGGAAGCCAAGCAGCAAAUAAGAUAUGCAACGACUUGAGGACAACAAGGGCUAGACUUUUGGAGAUGUUCACAGAUACCACCUGCAAUCCUGAGAUCAUGAAAAAUGCCACAGAUGCUUAUUUUUCCCUCUUACAAGGAUUUAUUGCAUCUCUGGAUGGCACCACACAAGAGAACAAGCUUCGUUUCAUACAGAACUUUAAGUGGACUGACACUUUGCAAGGGAACAUCCCAAGUGCCCAACAAGAUGCCAUUUUUGAACUGGUCUCCAUGGCAUUUAAUGUUGCAGUUUGGCACACCAAGUUUGCCUCAAGACUUGCGGGAAAGGAGAAUGUAACAGAGGUAGAAGCUAAAGAUGUCCACAGAAGCCUGAAAAUUGCUGCUGGGAUUUUCAAACACCUUAAGGAGGUCCACAUCCCCCGCCUCAUCACUCCGGCAGAGAAGGGUCGGGAUCUGGAGCCCAGAGUCAUUGACACCUACAUGGUCCAGUGCCAAGCAGAAGCACAGGAAGUGACGAUCGCUCGAGCAAUUGAGCUCAAGCAUAACGCCACUCUUAUUGCUGCCUUGGCUUUCGAGACAGCAAAUUUCUACCAGAAAGCCGACCACGCACUGAACACCCUGGAGCCAGAGUGUAGCAGCAAGUGGAGGAAGUACCUCCAGCUUAAACAGCACUUCUACAUGGCCUAUGCGUACUGCUACCAUGGACAAACUCUCCUCGCGAGUGACAAGUGUGGAGAGUCAAUAAGAUCCCUCCAAGAAGCAGAGAAGUGCUACUCCAGAGCCGAGGCUCUGUGCAAAGAGUACCGCCAAACCAAAGGGCCUGGUAGCACUGCCAAGCCCUCUGAGCAGCUCUUUUUCACCAAGCUGGGUGGUCUGAUUAAAAACACUCUGCAGAAGUGCGAGAGAGAGAAUGGAUUCAUAUACUUCCACAAGGUCCCAGCUGAAGCUCCCCAGCUGGAGCUGAAAGCCAGCUAUGGCCUGGCUGACCCAAUGUCCUUUGAGUUCCCAGCCCUCAGUGAGCAAUGCACCCCUGAAGUCUAUGCCACCUUUGACCUUACCAAGGGCGUCAGAGACGAGAAGGCCAAACCCAAGCAGGAAGAGGAGGUUAAGCCAGUAAAGGAACCAGAUUUGAAGCCCCAGAAAGACACCGGCUGUGUCAUCUCUUAAACAACACUACUCCCAUACACAGGCUUAUAUUCCACCUGACAUGGAGACACGGAUUCCAUUUCCAUUCCAUGAAAAGUAAACCUCCAUUGGAAAAGUAAUUUUUGUGUCCUUGGUUUAUGGUCACAUGUUUUACAUUAUGCACUACCAGCUAGACCAGAGUAUUCAGUCAUUGAUUAUAGACAAGGAUGAAGAGUAAUAGAAAAAAUGUUGAUCAGUUGCAUUGGUUUUUCUGUACUGUUUUAUGAUCCAUGAUUAACGGUGGCAUCGCUAUCUGUUAUACUUAACUGUGUAUAUUGCAGUUUUCAAUUGUUUUUGGUAUUAUGUUAAAAUAUUUGGGGCAGAUUUAUAGCUGAAUAGUUAUCUCACUAGUGCUGUUGAGGAUUUUGUAUAAAAGCCUCUGUCAUAUUAGAUGUUUAUUUAUUGCUGUUAUUUAAGAUCAGACAAAUCAUUUAGUAAGAACUUAUAACACAGUGAUGUAUAUCCAAGAAUAUCCAUUUUAAAAGAAAUCAUAGGUUUACCUUUUUGUCCUUUAUAAGAUUAUUUGGUUUAAUCUGUUUUCUAGCAACUGGAAGGACUCAUAUCAUAUUCAUUCUCAAAGCUCUUAAUUGCUAGGUAUAGACUGUAUUAAUGAUUAUGACAAUUGUGUAAUAUUCCACUCUUUAUUGAAAACAUGACUGUGCUUGUCUUGGGUAAGGGUUGCUGUUAAGGAGAAACCUGGGACAACAUCUGGAAAGCACUCGGGAGUGUGUUGCAGACAGAUAUACAAUGCACAAAGCUGACAUAAUUACUCUCUGAACGUUCCAUAACCUCAUACUCUGCAGAAGGCUAUGUACAGUACUGUGAAAAACAUUUGCUGUCAGAUUUCCAUGCAUUUUUGCAUAUAUGAAUUUUAUCUGAUCAUCAACCACUGCAUCAUUUUAGAUAAAAUAGUCUGAAUGUACAAACAACACCAAAGUGAUACAAAUUUAAUUUUGUAGUUUAAUUAAUGCAGAACCCAGUAUCUCUGUGUAAUCUCCCUGUUUCGGGCGGUUGUCUUGCUGGGUGACCUAGCUGUGCCUGACAUUGGCCUGACAUUUUCCUUUUAAAUUCUCAGAGCAGAAUGAAUGGUUCUUUUGAUGGAAUGCCUUCCACUGCCUGAUGGAGCCCAGCAAUGACACUACCACCACCACAUUUGACUGUUGGUGUAAUGGUCUUACAGUGGAAGGGUGCAGUGUUCGGGACUCAUCUAUCCGUAGAACAUUGUUCUAGAUUGGUCAUACAUUUAUCAUCCAGGUGGUUGGCCUGACAUUUUCCUUUUAAAUUCUCAGAGCAGAAUGAAUGGUUCUUUUGAUGGAAUGCCUUCCACUGCCUGAUGGAGCCCAGCAAUGACACUACCACCACCACAUUUGACUGUUGGUGUAAUGGUCUUACAGUGGAAGGGUGCAGUGUUCGGGACUCAUCUAUCCGUAGAACAUUGUUCUAGAUUGGUCAUACAUUUAUCAUCCAGGUACUUCUUGGUAAAUCUAACAAGGGUUCUCCUCUUUUUGGUGAGCAGUGGAGGUACCAAAACAUAUAUGGUUUUUCAAGGUUUCUUUGUGGCUUUCUGAAUUGCUCUUGGAUAGAAUUUUGCCUAAAGAAAUUGUCUGUGGUCCCAAAGUUCUCAGUUUGGACAAUAUUGCUUUGACUGUGUAAAUUUUCCAGACUUGACUUUCUCCUGACAUUUUUUCAGGAAUGUGAUUUUUUUCAUGGUAUGAUGGCCUUUAGAAGCUGUGUGUUAACAACAGCACUGAUGGAAUGGGCAAGGUUGUUUAAAGCUGACCCAAAUCAACUGUCGUUGAUAACCAAAAUACUCAGCUGACACUAAUUAUCCUUUUUAUUUAGUUGAGUAACCUUUUUUUUUUUUGUCAUUUAGCUGAUGCUCUUAGCAAGAGCAACUUGGAGCAACUUGAUUGCCUACAUUUAGUACCUAUACUUGCAUUAUUUACAGGUGGAGGAGUGGUGAUGCUUAAGCCAAUUUGUAGCAGAGCAUGAUGAUAUAAUUGCCAGAUUGGAAAUGUUUCCUGGAUGCCUGUGUUAAAAGAACUUGUCAUGGAUAAAUGCUACAUGCUCUUUAGUGACCACAGAGUGUAAGGAGUGCUGUUUAACGUCCCAUCCAAAAGAUGCCACCGAGUAUUGUUUCCUUCACAGCCUUCUGGGGCGUUGAGAUUUGAUCUUUAGACCAGUGGUGAAAUUCCCUCUCACUUGUCCCCCCACCACUUCCAGCAGUGUUCUGUUCUCCCAUCCAGGGACCGAAUAGGCUUAGUCAUAGGCUAGACAGCAGUGGGAUGUCUGUGUACAGACAGCAGGCAAAACACUUUCACAGCACUGUAGGUCUUCAUGAUGCUCAUAAAAUGCAUGUAUAUAACCCCAGACUGGUGGUCAUGAUUGUUGUUUACUGGAUGUGUUGGCCAUUUACUAGCACACAGACAUAAUUACAGCUAAUGUAGGAAGAACAGCUUUUGUCUCAAUUUUCAUUGGGACUUGAUGUCGAUCCUUUUCUCAACAUGUUUGUGAUGGGAGUGAUGAACUUUGGCACAUUGUCUUAAAUAAAAUAAUGUCAAAGUAUCCUGCAAUGCAUGUAAAUCUCAUGAAUUAUGCAUUAUGUUUUAUUUUUAAAGUACGACGAUAGACUCCAUGUGUGCAUUUGCUACCAAGUACUGAUUCACCAUAACUUACUGUUGUUUUUGAAAAAUAUUGACUGCUAGCUUCUGCUGAGGCAGUACAAUUGUGUGAAAUAAAACAGUCAAUAUGGUAUAGUAUCUUGCUAAUCAAAAGAAAUGUUAGGUCUUUCUGUGCACUUUUCAAUGCCUUGUACCUUUUUUGUCAGAUCAAUGAAUAAAAUAGAACAUUCUAUUUCUACAAGACCUCACUUUUCUUCUAACAUUUGAUUUUCACUUUUUCUAAUUAACAUUACUGGCUAUAGUUUGCUGUAUCAUAACAAUAUAUACACACGUUAACUUUCAGACCUGUGUCAUAACUGUCCAUGCAAUGAUGUCUUUUUGUUGAAAAUGUUACAUAUCAGAAUAAAAACUUCAAGAAAACA